CCCCCCGCCUCGGAGCCUCCCAUGCUUUCGGGGCCCCCUGGGGGGGCGGCGGCCCCGCGGGAGGCGGGGGCGGUGCUGCCGUGAUGGCCCUGGAGGAGAAGCGGGAGAAGCGCCCGCCCGUCACCCCCAUGAUGAUCGAGGAGGAGGCCGCCCUGCGGAACGGCAGCCGGGGGCUACCGCCGGGCCCCUGGGCCGAGGCGGCGGGGCCGAGACCCCGCACCACGGAACGGCACAUCGCCGUGCACAAGCGGCUGGUGCUGGGCUUCGCCGUCUCCAUCCUGGCGCUGCUGGCGGUGACCAUGAUCGCCGUGCUGCUCAGCGUCCGCUUCGAGGAGUGCGGCGCUGCCGCCGACGGCCCGCCGCGGGCCGGCGGCAACGGGAGCCUCCCGGGGGCGGCCCGGCAGCCCCCCGGCCGGCCGGAGGAGGAGGUGCGGGGCGGGGAAGCGGCGGCGGAGGAAGAGAAGGAGGAGGAGGAGGAGGAGGAGGAGGAGUGGCAGCGGCGGCGGGAGCUGCCGCCCUGGGCCCGGCCGCGGCUGCCGCGGCACCUGCGGCCGCUGCACUACAACCUGAUGCUGAGCGCCUUCAUGGAGAACUUCACCUUCAGCGGGGAGGUGAACGUGCAGCUGGAGGUGCACAACGCCAGCCGCUACAUCGUGCUGCACGCCCACCGCAUGCACAUCGAGGCGGUCCGCGUAGCCGAGGACAAGCUGGCCGGCGGCGUGCGGGUGGCCCGCUCCUUCCUCUACCCCCAGACCCAGGUCUUCGUCGUCGUCCUCAACCGCAGCCUGGAGGCGCAGAGAAGUUACAACCUCAAGAUCAUCUACAACGCCCUCAUCGAGAACGAGCUGCUGGGCUUCUUCCGCAGCUCCUACGUCCUCCACGGCGAGAGAAGGUUUCUUGGUGUUACGCAGUUUUCUCCUACUCAUGCCAGAAAAGCCUUUCCUUGCUUUGAUGAGCCCAUCUACAAGGCCACUUUCAAAAUCAGCAUCAGGCAUCAAGCAACUUACUUAUCUUUGUCCAACAUGCCAGUUGAAACUUCUGUUUUUGAAGAAGAUGGAUGGGUUACAGAUCACUUUUCACAGACCCCUCUCAUGUCCACAUAUUACCUAGCUUGGGCAGUGUGCAAUUUUACAUACCGUGAAACUGUCACCAAGAGUGGAGUAGUUGUACGGUUAUAUGCAAGGCCUGAUGCAAUCCGAAGAGGAUCGGGGGACUACGCUCUAAAUAUUACAAGGAGACUCAUUGAAUUUUAUGAAGAUUAUUUUAAAGUGCCAUAUUCCCUGCCAAAAUUAGAUCUGUUAGCUGUGCCUAAGCACCCAUAUGCUGCUAUGGAGAACUGGGGACUGAGUGUUUUUGUGGAGCAAAGGAUACUGCUAGAUCCAAGCAUUUCUUCUAUAUCAUACCUACUGGAUGUCACCAUGGUCAUUGUACAUGAGCUAUGUCAUCAGUGGUUUGGUGACCUUGUGACUCCAGUUUGGUGGGAGGAUGUGUGGUUGAAAGAAGGUUUUGCUCACUAUUUUGAAUUUGUCGGGACAGACUACCUCUACCCAGGGUGGAACAUGGAAAAGCAGAGAUUUCUGACAGAUGUCCUACAUGAAGUGAUGUUGCUGGAUGGUUUAGCCAGUUCACAUCCAGUAUCCCAGGAGGUGCAGCAAGCCACCGACAUUGACAGGGUGUUUGACUGGAUCGCUUAUAAAAAGGGUGCAGCUCUAAUUCGAAUGUUGGCUAACUUUAUGGGUCACUCUGUGUUUCAAAUGGGCUUACAAGACUAUUUAACCAUUCACAAGUAUGGCAAUGCAGCCAGAAAUGAUCUCUGGAACACAUUGUCAAAGGCUUUAAAAAGGGUUGGAAAAUCUGUAAAUAUCCGAGAAGUAAUGGAUCAGUGGACACUACAGAUGGGUUAUCCUGUUAUCACUAUCUUGGGAAAUGAAACUACAGACAAUGUCAUAGUGAUCUCCCAAGAGCGUUUUGUUUAUGAUAGUGAUGCUAAACCCAAGGAUCCUGCCCUUGGAGACAGCAGCUACUUGUGGCAGAUUCCAUUAACAAUUGCAGUAGGAAAUACGAGCCACAUCUCAUCAGAGGCAAUUAUAUGGGUGUCUAACAAAUCAGAACACCACAGAAUUCCUGCUUUGGAAGAGGCAAGUUGGUUGCUGGGGAACAUCAACCAGACUGGCUACUUUAGAGUUAAUUAUGAUAUUAGGAAUUGGAGGCUGCUAAUUAAUCAGCUAACGAGGAACCAUGAGGUUAUCUCUGUCAGUAAUCGAGCAGGCUUGAUCGAUGAUGCAUUCAAUCUAGCCAGAGCUGGUUAUUUGCCUCAGAAUAUUCCUUUGGAGAUUAUCAGAUACCUUUCAGAGGAGAAGGAUUUUCUGCCUUGGCAUGCUGCCAGCCGAGCUCUUUAUCCUCUAGAUAAGUUGUUGGACCGCACAGAAAGCUACAACAUCUUCAAUGAGUAUAUUUUAAGACAAGUUGCAUCAAUGUAUCUCAAGCUUGGAUGGCCAACGAAUAAUUUAAACAAAUCGCUUGUUCAGGCAUCAUACCAACAUGAAGAGUUGCGUCGGGAAGUCAUCAUGUUGGCCUGCAGCUUCGGUAACAAACACUGUCACCAGCAGGCUGCAACGUUAAUCUCAGAUUGGAUUUCUAGCAAUAGGAACCGAAUCCCGCUCAACGUGAGGGACAUUGUCUACUGUACAGGAGUUUCACUGAUGGAUGAAGAUGUAUGGGAGUUCAUUUGGAUGAAAUUUCAUUCUACCACAGCAGUGUCUGAGAAGAAAAUAUUAUUAGAAGCCUUAACUUGCAGUGAUGACAGAAACUUGCUCAAUAGGCUUUUGAAUUUGUCUCUCAACUCAGAAGUUGUCCUGGAUCAGGAUGCAAUUGAUGUGAUAAUCCACGUAGCUCGAAAUCCACAUGGAAGGGAUCUUGCUUGGAAGUUUUUCAGAGAAAAAUGGAAAAUAUUAAAUGCUAGGUACGGAGAAGCAUUAUUUAUGAAUUCGAAGCUUAUCAGUGGGGUCACAGAAUUCCUCAAUACUGAAGAAGAACUAAGAGAGCUAAAGAACUUUAUAAGGAGUUACGAAGAGGGAGCUGCUGCCUCUUUCUCUCGUGCCGUGGAAACAGUAGAAGCCAAUGUGCGGUGGCAAAGGCUUUAUAAGGAAGAACUAUUCCAGUGGCUAAGAAAAUCCUUGACACACUAAUCUGUCUUUCUGUUCGACCAUUUAACAUGAAGCUCUGCAAGACAAAGAGGAGACAUUUUAGAAGUGUUCAACAUUAAAAUUAUGAAUACAAGAUCAGAUUGCAAGGAUAAGGUUUUUUUCCUUUUUUUUUUUUUAAAUUAUGGGAUUUUUUUUUUACACUGGGCUCUUGUGAAAUUGUCAAGAAGCUUUUCAGAAGAGAAGAUCACGAAUGCUUGUGAAAUCCAGUCCUCAGUGUACACAACCAAACAUGAUAUUAAGUGGUGCAUGUAAAUGUUGAAGAAAAACAAACAAAAAACCCUUCGAAGACUAUUUUGUGCAUGCUUGUACCGUCCCUGCCUGUAUUCUAGCAUGCUUAUGUAUAACAGCCACAUUUUGUAUGUGAGUUCCAGUUACAUCAAAGAUGGGCAUUAUACAAAGCACAAAGACUAUCUACGACAAUCAGUGUUGCAAUGAACAAAAGGAACGCAAGGAAAAGGAAAUGCAGAAGGCUUCCAGCUUGGGGCAGUAUGAGAUGUAAAGUCAGCUUUCCCACUAGCUGCCAAUUAGCGUACCACUCGGAUUGUCUCUUAUAUGAUUACAAAGAUGCCAGCUCAUUUUUUGAGUUGCCAGUUGUUGUAUCUGCAUUCUCCGUAUUUAAAUAAGCAGAAUAUAAAGAGAGAGGAGAAAGAGAAAGAGGCGAGGAGGAGGGGAGGGAGAGAAAACGAGAAGGACAUCAUCCAUGUGUUAUAAUCAUACACAUUUAUUCACUGCUGAUCAGUGGAACAGUGUAGUUUUAGCUGUGAAUGUAUACAGUGUUGGAGGGGAACUUUGCAUUGGUGUCACAGAAUCCAUGAACCGCCUCUUCCCAGCUAUUUGACAAGGCAGUGAUACUCACGAUGGGUCACCCAACCGGUGCAGUAGUAAGUUAUGCAGCUGAUAGUGCACAAGUAUUAUAAAUAAACAUAAGAUUCAAAUGGAAAUUAGCAAAAAGGGAGAAUAUCUUGCAUGCAAAGGCAUAAAAUUACCCAAGAGGGCUGUCUUGCAUGUAGUAGACUAGCCUCUGUAGCGAUUUAUUAUGAUAGACAGGUCUCUGUAGCGAUUUAUUAUGAUAGACAGGUCAGAUUCUCUAUGUGGGCAAUACUUUUGCAAAUAUGGGAUGUACCGUUUAUGCCAAGUUAGAAAAGUGAAAUAUGGAGAAAGAGAGGGGCGGGGAGUGUGUUUAUUUGUACUGGCUAAUACCGAGAACACGGUUUUCUUUCUGUUUCCUUGUAUUUAACAUAGACCAUUGUAGAUGAGUGACACUUUUCUUAAUCAUAUGCUUGUUUCUUUUUUCUCAAUCCUUAAUCUGAAAGAUCGGUGACACAGUGGAACUGCUACUUGUACAAUGACUGUCUGCACCAUUGGUGCUAAGUGUUGAGGAUAAAACUGAUGGGGGCCAAAUACUCUCCCACGUCUACACUGGGGAGAAAAAACCCCACAAAACUACAGGGAGUUUUCAAGAGGCAGAUUGCAGCAUCUUCAGAGGGGGAAUGUAGAUGUACAACAGUGUUUCUUUAUCCCAUCCCAGGCUAUCACAACCAUCUGACCACCUCAUGGCCCUGUACAUUGGGAACAUGUGGCCAGCAAAAGUAGAGAGCAGCCAUUUGAUCUGGUUGUUUCCUUCACGAGGCGUGGAAGUUACCAACACGCUUUACGGUUGCAGUUGCUUAUCCCCAGUAAGUCGUGAAUUGAAACGUUAGCGCAAAAAGAACCAAACCCAAGCAUCUUCAGAUAUUGUCAGAGUUGUGUGGAAACAGUAUUGUUUUCUGGGCUCUCAUUCCCAUGGUACUCCGCGCCUCAAGAACUGGUAGGCACAUCCCAUAAUGAAGCUGUCGUACCCAUCUUGAGCCUGUCAUUUUAUGUUUUUUACUGUGCAGAGGGUGCUGUUUGUGGAUUGGGUGCAUGAAAAGCUGGUGUGGGCAUUUGCUCCACUGUUUGGUGCUGCCUAGCACCGCAUGUUAGCUUGACCAUAUAUAACCAAAAGAAGAGGGAAUGCUGUGCUCUUGUACUGUUAACUCUUUGCCUUAUAGUAAGCCCUAAACCUUUGUGCUGUGUUGCAAUGCUAGUGAACCUCAUGCCCAGAGACAUUAUCAUGCCAAGUUGAGUGAAAUCCUCCUCCUCCUCCUCCUCCUCCUAUGUAUUUUACCUACCUCACAGGGGUGUUGUGAGGCUUGACUAAUGUUAGCAAAGCACUUGAAUAUCCUCUGAUGAAAGGCAUUUAAAAGUGCAAAGUAUUAUUUUAUGUGGUUGACCAAACUCAACCUCAAUGCCGGUAUGUAGCAUCACAUUAUUAAUUUCUACUGAACAAAAUCACAUGCAGAUUUGUUAUAAUAAAAAAGCAGGCCAAAUGUUCUUUAAUAUAACUCUGCCCUGUAAUGAAGCCCAAAAUUAUGAUAUCCAAAGAGUGUGCAGAAAGCCAAGCCCUCAAACGUGAAUUGCUUUGAGGAUUUCAGAGAUAAGAAGUUUGCGUAAUGGUCUGUCCCUUUGCAAUUCUGUUCAAGAUUGUCCUUGAUGACUUUUCUGUUUCAGCACCACAGAUUAAACUACAUACCUCCAGGAUGCACAUCGAAGUUUCUGGUCUUUCCGCUGAUGAAGGGCAGGCUAACAGUUUGUUCCAAAGUCAAAAGUUUAUUUCAACCUCUGUGUUCUGCACAGUGCACGCAAAUUUCCGGUGUUGCUCAUUUGAACUGAAGUUCUUGCACUUUAGCUGGUGUUGGAUGUAAAUGAAUAUUUUAGUGGCCUUGAGCAACUGGUCUACCACAGAUAUCAAGCCCUAAAUGUAUCUAUUAUACAUACCUAUUGAUGUAUUGCUUAUAAUUGUUGUAUUCUAGUAAUGUUGGUAUUACUUCUUUAGCUAAGGUUGAGCUGGCCUUUCCAUUAUAAUUCCCUAUUCUUUUAUUUUUUAUAUUUUGUAUUUUGCUGUUUCACACUGAAUCAGGAUUAAAUUUAAAUGGAUUAAAUCCAGCAAAACUAUAGCUGUUUUCUGCAGCAUUCAACCCCCUUGCAUUUAAUUAUAUGUCCUUAGAAACUUUUUUUAAUAAGAAGUUCCACACAGUUGUGUGUUAAAGAAUAGUUGAUACCUCAUGGAAAACUCUAAUACAGUUUGCUUAGAAAAAUCUAUUUAUCUUAUUGAUUUUCCUUCUCCUUUACCAGUCCUUUUCUUCCUUUGUCCUUAUCUAACGAUGCGACACAUUUUUAUGAUUUGGAUUGUGAUUAGGAAGCCAAAUACCCCAAAAUUUUCAGCGUUUUCAAAUCCAGGAUUUAAUUUUGUCCGUCCUAGUGAGAGAAGGUGCUGCAAAACAUGGAUCCAGUGUGGACGUGGACCUCACCCAAGCCCUGGGCAUAAUUUUACAGAGAUUUGAUGAGACCUGUAUCUCUAAUCCACCUUUGUAUGACUCAGGAUCCUUUGCAGUUAUUAAUUGUUAUGGCUUACUAAAUCAUAUAGGAAGACAUAUGAAUAGAUACGAUUUUAUGCCAGUGUAACAAUAUACCUAUUGUAAAAAUACCUACUGUAUUUUUAUAACAUUGUCCACUACAAAAAUCUCAGCCUAUUGCUUUGUAGCUGCUAGAAUUAUUCAUUUAUCCACUGCUAGUAGCUGUUAAAAUGAUAGUAGCUACUAAUUGCGACCAGGGCAGAACAAUGUGAAAACAUUCUUCUGAAAUGAAAUGUCACUUCUGCUAUUACUGGGAGUACUUGGACAUUGAUUUUGAUGAAAAAAAACUUCCUGUGUCCUUAAGAACAUCCAAGUCUGUGACCUUUGAUGAUAUUUUCAGUGAAUAUAGCAAGAAUUCUGAUACUGUGUUGGAAACUGAAGAUGAAUUUUGUGUAGCUUUUGGGCUGUUGUGGAUAUUUCACUGAGCUUUUAGAGUGUCAAAGGAAACAUCUCCACUGAUGCAGAAGGCUGCUUUCACAGCAAAGAUCCUGAACCAUACAAUUAAAUCCUUAGUAGUAAAGAACAAAAGAAGAAAAUAUUUUAUAUAUAUAUGUUCAUGUGAAAAAUUCUCUGUAGAGAUAACUUUCCCAUAAAAUAUCAGUAGGUCUGAUUAUUUGGAUAGAAUAAAGUGAAGCCAAUAUUUGCAGAUGAGGGUGCCUUUGUUUAGAUACCUGCAUAAUAAGGUUUUGGUUUGCCACGUGAUUGUAGCCAAUACUGAAGUCAAUGAAAAUAGAUUUUGAGCCAAAUGUGCCACCUUCUCUUUGAGGAAAUGGGAUGUGGCUUUGAAAACUGCUUAUGUGUAUAAUCAAGUUACCACCACUUCUGUUAUGAGUACUCACCGUGACAGGCUGCCUGUCCUAAGCAGGGUUUAUAGCCACGGUGUCAGUACGAGCGUGAAGGAGUAGAAGGACCGUCCUGCUUCCGAGCAGCCUGGCUGUGGGCUGUUUGCCCACCGUUGGAUGGAGCAGUCCAAAAACUGCUGGCUGCAUCGUCCGCCGCUGCUGCCAGCCCACGCGGGUCAGGAAGGCAGCUGGGAAUCACUGAAGUGCAGAGAGGCUCCAUCCAAGUUUCUCUCAGCUAGACGGGAGGGACAGAAGGUCCCUUUGCCUGUUGUGGGUUGUGGGAGAUCUUCAGAGAUUAGUGUCGUUGCCUUGUGCUAGCAGGAAACAAAGUGAGCUGGCAUUGCACAGAAAAACCUAAAUCCCUGAGCUCUGGUCACCCCAGCUGUUGACUGAAAUCUUUGUAAAGGUCUAGAAUAUUAAGAACCAAGUUCUUCAGAAGCCAUUUGAAAUGGUCAAAAAAAAUUUUGAUUUGUCAGUGCAUAAAAACGCAGACAGUCUUUUACUUUAUGGUAUUUUUGUUAAUGUUGAAAAUGUGCCGUGAGUUUCUCAGGCUUUUUUCUAAUGAAGGGCUUGGAAGGAUUAAGGGUAGUAAUAGUAGUCACUGUACUAAUAACAUCAAAAAAUUUUGGAUGCCUGUGCAAACCUGUAUGGCACUAGUGUUGGUACGGUUCCCUUUUUGCAUACAAAACUGUAAAAACUUGGCCACUUUGUUUCUCAUGUGACUGUGGAAGCUUCUGCCUGUCUUAAAACCAAUACUGAAAAAAACCACUUUGCAAAACCACUUUGACUUGAGCAAGUAGUCCAUGGUGACAUGAGUAAUUUAGUCUUCAGUGAGAAGGAAGGGGAGAAGGGGACCGCUAUGUGUAAGGAUCUUUCACCAAAGAAAGGCCACGUGCCCUAGUUGGAGCAGAAGCUUGAAAUCAAGUAUAUUUUGAAGAAGCUUGUGGAACUUAGCUCCAUCUUUUGUCUUUAGGCUGACAGUGGAGGAUAGAAUACCCCCACAUGCUAAUGCAGUUGAGGUUGGAUUUUAUAAAACAGAUGUGGAGCUGGUUUCAUUGAGAUGUGUUUAUGGAGAAUCACCCACAAGAGCAAGCGCUGUGGGUCAGACCCAGUGUCCUUUCUGAGAAAAACUCCAUUUAUAUUUGGCUGAUUUGUAACUAGCGAAGUCAGUGUGGCUUUGCCAAGCAGCAUUUCUGAACGCUUUGCUUAUUUUACGUGCGCUCUUUCCUAAAGCUAUCAAAGUGAUGUUGGUAGAGAACGUAGAGACGAGCAGCGCUGCGAGAGCGGAGGGGACUGCGCUGCAGCAGGCGGUCACGAGCCAGAAGGCUUUGGCCGGAGUGCCCCACCGUUUCCAGGAGAGCAUCGCUUGGAUUUGCCCGAGAAGGACAGUCUUGGUACAAUGGGCGAGGCCAAGAGCCGAGAUGCAGCCGUAGUUCUCUGCGAUACGUUUCAGUCCGCUUAAUACGUUCAUUUCUGUAAUUUCACAAUAACCUGUAGCCAAACUGACGACACGUGUGCGUGGCCUCGGAUCCUCCGCUGGUGCACGGUGCGGUAGAUCCGUUGAAGUGACUGGUGUGAAUUGCAGCUGAGGAUCUGACCCGUUGCUUUCAAAAGAGCCCCCUGAGGUGACGGCCGGGCUGGUGUACAGGAUGUUUCACCUAUUUCUGUGUUUCGGUAGCGCAUAUUGGAUGACAAAUGUUUUUUGUUUUCCUUUCACUUUUCGUUAGAUGAAUACUUUGCGAUCGGUUCCAAUGUGAUAAAGCUUUGUAAUAUGUUCAGAGAACUGCGGAAUACUGUACUGUGAAGAGUGUGGCUACUACCCUCUCUUUUUCCUGCAAACAGUAGAUUUCAGCAGAGAUGGACUUCCCUGGACUUAGACACUCUGUGAAAAAAAAUAUUCUGACAGUUUCUAAUGGAAACAUCAUUGUAAUUACUGUAUAACUACCCUGUACAAAGACAGCUUUAUUAUAUGUGUAAAUGUAAUUUUGCUAUGUUGUUUUUAUGUUUGAGGGACAAUAGGCUUUGGUGCGGGUGAGACGUAUAGCCUUAUAAAAACAGAGAUUGUAGCUCCCUGUCUGAUGUUUUACUGAAAGGUGUUCAGCUGCUCUAUUUUUGCAGAAGAUAAACAUAAACCAGUUCCCUGAAAACUGAUGAUCUAUUCCGCUACACACACGUCAAUGACAUAAAUGGAUCAUACUAUUGAAAAUAAAGGCUUGAUAAUAAAUUGCA